UGAAUGUUUUCACUGAGACGCCCAGAGGUGAUGCAUGCACAGAGCAUCUGACUUCUAAAUGAUCAGAAAGGCAGAGCAGAUGAGGACAUGUUUGUGCAGUGUUACAGGCAGGCUGCUGGUUCUGCAGGAAUUCAUAAGUGACAAGAAUCUCUGCACAAGUUUUGUUGCAUCAUGAGGAAAUGAGAGGACCUGUGUUGAAGACAUGCGUUUCUUUCGGAGCAAAAAGUGGACUAAUAUCCAACUUCAGCAAUGACUAACAGAAUAAAUCUAACUACAAACCUAUUCAUCUCUGUUGAUUUCUCACUCCAAAGCAACCACACAGGCAUCCCCACCUCCUCUCCCCUCUCCAACCGCACCAGCGUGGAGGCAGAGAAGCACAAUGCCACUUCCCGUUCACGCGGAAACCCCACAGCCGCCUGCCUCACCAUGACUCUGGGGAUUGUGUUCAAUGUCGCGGCCCUCAUCAUUCUCGCCAAGGCUUACAACCGCUUCCGGCGGCGCUCCAAAGCUACUUUCCUGUUCCUCGCCAGCUCCCUGGUAGUGACUGAUCUGGCUGGUCAUGUUAUACCUGGAGCCCUGGUACUGAAAAGGUACUCAGCAGGGGCCGAGGCCUCGUCUGUCGAUCCCGCCUCCAACCUUUGCAGGGAUCCUGAUGCUUUGUGUCUGUUUCUGGGGGGUUGCAUGGUGUUUUUUGGGCUGUGCCCACUCUUCCUGGGCUGUGUGAUGGCCGCUGAGCGCUGCCUGGGGGUCACCCGGCCCCUCUUACAUGCUCAUUUGGUCACCAGAGCACGGACGAAGAUGGCACUGGCUCUUAUUUGGCUGCUGGCUUUAUGUGUGGCCCUUCUGCCUUUCUUCAGGGUGGGGACAUAUACUUUCCAGUACCCUGGGAGCUGGUGCUUUAUCCGAGUGUUGGAGAACACUGAAUUGACAGACCUGGCCUUCACGUGCCUCUUCUCUGGACUGGGUUUAAGCUCUCUUGCCGUGGCCUUCGUGUGCAACACCAUCAGUGGAAUCACACUCGUGAGAUAUAAGCUACGAAAGCAGUCGUGCACCCACCGACGCUCUGCACGGACCCAUGACACUGAGAUGGUGGUCCAGCUGGUUGGUAUCAUGGUCACUUCCUGCAUCUGCUGGAGCCCUCUGCUGAUCUUUGGACUAAUGUCAGCGUCUCAGUCUUACAGCGGCUUCAUAAGCAAUAACAUGGACUCCUACAGGGGGCUACUGGUGACAGGUGUCAGGAUGGCCACCUGUAACCAGAUCCUGGACCCAUGGGUCUACAUCCUGCUGCGACGUGCCAUCCUCAAGAAGAUCUACCACAUCACCAAAAGACGGGCAAGCUUUCAGAGAAGCACAUUCCGCUCCAUCCGCUGGGAGAUCAGCUCAUUUCAGAGCUCAGACAAAAACAAUUCUAAAAAGGCUAAUGGACUUACCAAGACUUAAAAUGGAUACUGUGUAUCAAUUCUUAAGGGAUUCCAUCUCAGCACUAGUCAAGACAUCCACCCAUCAGAAAAGAAUUUGAAAUUACAAAUGUUUCUCUUCUGUUGGAGAUGAGGAAAGAACAUGAAUAUGAAGUAUUAUGUAUUAUUAUCCCAUGUGUUAAUAAUUGGGGGAAAAAAUGUUGGCAGGCUGAUAAUAAGCAAUGUUCCUGUAAGUAGAGCCCAACCAAUAUAUCAGCUAGCCGAUAAUAUUGGCCAAAAUGAGCAUUUCACAAACAUAUUGACAUCUGCAUUGUUUUUUUCUAAGAUCAAAACUUUUAUUUUACUGAAUAAACAAUGCAGAAAAACAUUUUGGCUGUUGGAAAUGGGGUCAUGGCAGAGUUUUUCCAGCAGAGGGAGAUCUGAUGGCACUGCUUACAACUCUCAAGCAUGGCUGGAACCCCCAUCACUCCUUGGUCACAUUACUAUUGAAGAUGGAGACAAAGAUAUGAGACAUCAUUCAUUUUUGAUCGGCGUGGGCCUUUUACAUUGGCAAGAGACAAGUGAUCACUCUGCAAUCAGCUAGGUGGGGCCAGAGUAGACAAAAAGUUUAUUUUAUACAAUUGCUUAGUGACGCAACACAGCUACUGCCAAUCCAAGUGAAGGUAGCAUGACGGAAGCGUGACAUACAUUGGUUGAUUGUUGGUUAUAUUUGUAGUUAUUUAUAAUAAAAUUUGCAUUUAAACAUCAAGCUUCAAUAACAUUUCUUUGUCAUAAGGGUUUGAUCAUGAAAUAUUUGGAGUUGUUGCCAUUUUAUGUGCAUAUUGGAAGAUAUAUCAGUAUCGUAAAUGUUUUAUUACCCAAUAUUAACACCCCCCCCCCCCCCCCCCCCCCCCAAAAAAAAAACAAAAAAAAAAAAACAUAUUGUUCGGGCUCUACCUGCAAGUAUAAGCUAAACCACAAGUGGAAAAAAGCUUUUUGUCCACUGAAAAUGGUGCAUACAUGAAUGCUCACAUUAUAACAAGACACAAUUUUUCAUUUGUCCAAUAACACACAUGCAUGUUAGAUAGAGAGAACAAUCAACUGCAUUUUGUAAACAUACCCAUAAAUCCAGUCAUUCCCAAAAUUUACAAGUCAAUACCCAAUGAACAAGUCCAAACAGGAAAAGUUAUGAACUACACCAUUAUAUAUCUACUUGUUCAACUGUCUAACAACAGAAAACAAACAUAUAGAGAAAAGGAAAACUGAAUUGUCAGUUUGGCUACAUUGAAACACACUAUAAGUGAUGAGGGACAG